UUUAUAUUUUCACUCCCACAUGUUGAGCGCUCAGCUUUAAUUGUUGUCUUCAACUGACGCGUAUCUGCUGUCCAUGGAAAUACUGCCAGGUACUAUUUUACUUUACAGCUCUCCAAUUCGUUCAUUGCUCAAUGGCCUCCGUUCAAGAUGUUCCCCUACACUUGCUAGGGCAUGAUUCGGAGUGUGAGAAGCAGAUCUGUAUCAUCGGAGCAGGAGCGGGAGGUCUUGCUGCUCUGAAAGUCAUAUCAGAUUCUGCCUACUUCAAGUCAGGGAAAUGGUCUGUCAUCGCGUAUGACACCCGGACAAAUGUUGGAGGAAUAUGGCUGCCUGCUCCGCCGGUUGCCGAUGCCUACAAUGCUCCCUUGACGGCUCUCUACGAUUCUCUAACCACGAAUUUACCCCAUCCUAUAAUGGCAUAUACCAGCUACUCCUUUCCACCUGAGACUCCUUUGUUUCCGCCAGCACAUGUGGUGCAGACGUACCUCGAGUCGUAUGCUGCACACUUCAAUCUUAUGUCCCUCAUCAGGUUCAACACCACGGUGUUAGAUGCACGAUGGGAAUCAACGCAGUGGACAGUAACCCUUUCGGAUGGCGGACACUUUGCAUAUGACCACCUGAUCAUCGCAAAUGGACACUAUCAUUUACCCCGCAUACCAGAAGUGUCAGGGUUGGCAGACUGGAUGAAGCAUGGAAGAGCCUCUCACUCUGCAUGGUAUAGAAAACCUAAUUAUCUUGGGGACAAAAUACUUGUCGUUGGAAACGGACCCAGCGGUCAGGACAUCGCUGCUGAGAUGUGCACUGUUACUCCGGUGGUUGUUCAUGCUGUCACUGUGCCUGACGCAGCAACAAAUGACACUGGCAACCUCGUUCGGAGAGGUCGACCUGUUGAAUUCAAGGAUAACGGACAAGUAGUUUUUAACGAUGGUACUGUGGAGAACAAUAUCGACCAUUGUAUUUUGGCCACCGGAUUCCACAUGCAUUUUCCCUUUUUGGAGGGAGCAUCCAUGAUCAACAAGAAUAUUCCACCAGACUUCCCUCCACUACCUUCUGGCGAGCUUUUCAACUCAACCUAUCACGUGUUUCCCCUUGCAAAGCAUUUAUUUCCGCUCCAAACUCAAUAUCCUAUCACGUCCGUCGCUUUUAUGGGCCUCAUCAUCAAGGUCGCACCGUUUCCGUUGAUGGAGGCUCAAGCGCAUGCGAUUGUGCGAGCGUUUGCGGAUCCUUCGUCUCUAGAUCCUGUCGCAGAAGCAGUCGAUAUCAUUUCUCGUUCUGAAAAAAUCAAGCGUGCUGGUGCUUCGACACCUCUAGACAUCGCCAAAGCCUGGUUCCGAUUCGAUAGGGCUGACCAAUGGAAUUAUCGAGACGAAUUGUAUCAAUUCGCGCAGGCCACGGGGCCCCUCAUCAAAGCCACAGAAUGGGAGAAGGAAUUGUACGAUUUGAAGGUAGAACUGAGAUCAGCAUGGGAAGAUCUGGAGAAGUCAGGGGAGUCGGGGGAGUGGUUGAGAGAUGUCGGCAAGAAUGGGGAUCAGGAUUGGGUAGCGUUGAUGUAUCGUGUAGCGGAUUAUGCCAAAACUCGAAAUAAUCCGUUGGGAAGAUUGUGAUCGCAGCGCAGUGCGACACGCUUCUCAUGCACGCAGUAAUAGUAUUAGCUCAACUAGCUUCACAUACUAGGACUGUCAUGCAGAAACAUACUAUCAGCCUCCGG